AUGGAGGCUGCAAACCGUACAACAGUGACAGAGUUCAUUAUUUUGGGAUUAACGGAUGAUGUGACACUAUGUGCCAUCUUCUUUGUGGUUUUUCUUGGAGUUUACGUAGUUACCAUAGUGGGAAACAUCAGCAUAAUCAUCUUAAUCCGAAGUAGCCCACAGCUUCACACACCUAUGUACCUUUUCCUUAGCCAUUUGGCCUUUGUGGACCUUGGGUAUUCCACAUCAGUUACACCAAUCAUGCUGAUGAGUUUCUUAAAAGAGAGAACUGCCAUCCCAAUCACUGGUUGUGUAGUCCAGCUUGCCUCUGAUGUUGCCUUUGGGACUACAGAGUGCUUCCUGCUGGCCACCAUGGCCUAUGAUCGCUACGUGGCCAUUUGUUCUCCCCUGCUCUACUCCACCCAGAUGGCCCCAGUGGUCUGCUUCCUCCUGUUGGGGGCCUCCUACUUGGGUGGUUGCAUGAAUGCUUUAUCGUUUACCGGUUGUUUGAUGAAUCUCUCCUUCUGUGGACCAAAUAAAAUCAAUCAUUUUUUCUGUGACCUCUUCCCACUCUUGAAGCUUUCUUGUGGCCAUGUUUAUAUUGCUGAGAUCUCUCCAGCCGUCUCCUCAGCAUCAGUCCUUAUAAGCACACUGUUUACCAUAAUUGUGUCCUACAGCUACAUCCUCCACUCAAUCCUGAAGAUGCGCUCCACUGAGGGGAGGAAGAAGGCCUUCUCGACCUGCACCUCCCACCUCACUGCAGUCACUUUGUUUUAUGGGACAGUUUUAUUCGUUUAUGUGAUGCCCAAAUCGAACUAUUUAGCUGACCAGGUCAAAGUGGCAUCUGUUAUCUACACGGUGGUGGUCCCCAUGUUGAACCCACUCAUCUACAGUCUGAGGAACAAGGAGGUGAAAGAGGCUAUGAGAAAACUAGUGGUGAGAAUACACUGUUUUUUUCUGAAUUAA